UGGAGCAUGCAGACAAUAUUUGAAUAGGGGAAGGGUUAAAGGUUGAAAGUGAUAAGAGACAGACAGAAAGGUUUAUGCAGCAGAGAAAGUGGGACUAGUCUGUGCUCAUCAUGGAUUUAUCAGCCAGAGUUCUGAUCCUGUGUUCUCUCUUAUAUUCAGUGGCUGGUCAGGCUCCAGUUGUCUCAGUGGUGCCUGGAGUUGCUACUAUUCGCCAAGGACAGUCUGCCAGUUUUAAGUGCCAAGUGGGGAGCGGCGCUCAGCCAGUUCAGCUGGAGUGGAAGAGAGCCAACAACCAAGCCUUACCAGACAACGCAAAUAUCGGACCUGAUGGGUCUUUGCUGACGAUUGCAAACGCUCGACCUGGAAAUCAGGGCCAAUACCGCUGUGUGGGAAUCAAUUCCGCCGGCCGCAGCUCUGCCCAAGCUGUACUCAACGUCAAGUAUGCUCCUAAAGUUCGGUUGACACCACCAGGACCUCUGCGGGUGAGGAUUGGUGAUGCCGUGUCAGUGGAUUGUCAGGCCUCAGGCAGACCACGCCCAACAUUGUCCUGGAAACGCCAAGGCUCCACCCUGCAGCUGGUUACCAAGGAGACAAAUGAUGUCAACACCAUACAGUGGCCUGCAGUGCGUCCAGAAGAUUCAGGAGUUUAUGUUUGCCAGGCUGAGAAUAAUGAGGGGGUGGCGGAGGUCAAAGUUGAUAUCGUUGUGGAAGGGGGUCUCGGGGCACCAGUGGCUACAGUGAGCGCAACAGAAAUGACCGUGGUGGAGGGACAGACGGUCACAAUGGAGUGUCAGGCCAGCGGCUCUCCUACUCCCGUCAUCACCUGGUCCAAGCUUCGAGCACCGUUGCCAUGGAAACACACUGUGGCUGGUGGGGUUUUGACAUUGACCAGCGUCGGGCGCCAAGACUCGGGGCAAUACAUCUGCAAUGCAACUAACAUUCACGGCUACAGUGAGGCGUACACGCAGAUGGAGGUGGACACUCCUCCGUACGCCACCUGCCUGCCCGACCAGGUGAGGCUUCAGCCCGGAGAUGCCCUUCGCCUGCAGUGCCUCGCCCACGGCUCUCACCCCAUCCAGUUCACAUGGACUCGGCAGGGCAGUGCUGGUAUGCCUCCAAGAGCAGAGACCAAGGAUGGAAGGCUGUUCAUAGCUCGUAUUAGACAGAGCGAUGGCGGAACAUACAAAUGUGUGGCCUCCAACCACAUUGGUUCGAGUGAGGCAGUGGCCAAAGUCACAAUCAGAGCUUAAAUCAAUUGGAUCACACCAUGUCUCACUGACUUCUAUGCUUUUCUUCUAACUUCUGCAAACCUGGAUUGUCCUGGAUUCCAUCAAAUUAGUUUUAAACUUAAUACGAAGAAAACAGAGAAAAUGAUAUUUAAAAGAUUCAUAUGUUUUGAUAUAUGAAAAUGAGAAACGUUGCCAUUAAUGUGCAUUCUAGGUUAAUUUUGUACUUUUAUAGAAAAUUAGUCUUGCUAUUGUUGUUGCUAUCUCUUUUUGCCGGUUGGAAAGCUUUUACUGGAAUUUAUCACAGCAGUAUGUGUGGGAGUUUUUCUUUGGCUGGAAUGUCUCUGCAUCCUGCCGUCCUCCCUUCUACACUGUUACACUGUUAAGGUUAAAAGGAGGGUAGAAAAAAUAAACAAAAACCCGAUCUCUUAUGCCAUUAAAUGUCAAAGUAAUAAAGACUAAAUAGAAAAAUA